AGGUCCAAGGUUGUGCAGUAUCAGAGUUCAGAGAUUGAGACUGAGCCUAGCCCUCCUCCCCCACAGUCUAGCUCCCUGUCACAGAGCCGAGAAGAUUUCUGUCACAGGAUUCUAUGUCAGCCAAGGUGGUGUCCUCUUCACUCACCACCAACAAUCUCACUCUAUUAUAAACACAUACAGUACGCAAUCAAUGUUUGGAAAUGCUCCAGUCAAAUGCACUCUUACUGAUAGAGGUCUGUAUCUGUUGUUCAUGAAUGAAGAAGUGUCUCCUGAGCCCGCCACAUCCUACAGCCCUUUUCAGAUGCAGAGGUUC